AGAAGCAAGCUAAUUGUGCGCAUGCACACAAAGAGUACAGCGCGGGAUAGUUGGCUGCCUCAGAAAAAAUACUGCAUUGUUUUUUUAAUCGCAUAACUAGUUAUUUAUUGUUACCAAUGGCCGAUUUGUGUCUGUCUUGCUAUAAAUAUACUGAAAAUUCACAUAAGCCUGUCAGAAUUUAGAAAAAGACUAUGUCCAGGUAAAAUUAAACGGCCUUUAGCCUAUCCGUUUCCUAACAUUGGUAAGCUGUUGAGCGUUUUAAUGCUAGCAUUAUCUGGAUAGUCUACUCGAAGACGCUCUUUAGUGUUUUGAACGUCGAAUGUCUUUUAACUUUAACUGUUAUGCACGUAUUCGUUUAGCUAAAUCUUAUGUCGCUUCCAUUAAAAUGUUUGAGUUUUAGCAUGUCUAGUAAAUAGCUAAUGUGUGAGAGCUAACUUUAGCCAACUUGAGAUAGGCACUGUUCAGUGGCAUCGUAUAUGAUGGGCAGGUCUGGUAGUGACUUACUGCUAUGCAAGUAGUAAGUUAGCUAGUUUUGUCCGUUGUAAUUACGACGGUUAACUAUAUCGAAGUGGUGAAGCAAGCGCCACAACAGCGGUGGGUGUUUCCUGUGGUCAGAACUGAAGCAAUCGUCGCUCCUUGCCUUUGCAUUUAAAGCUUCAGUGUCUGUGAUCGACUUCGCUCGUUGAUGCUGAGCAGCGAUGAAGUUACAGUGCGACGUCGAGGUUAUAAAUCGGAUGCUGCCCACAUUUGGACUCAAAAGUAAAGGGAAAGGAACUAGGGCCAUGCUGUCCAUAGGAAAACAUGUGGAUAAAACUACCCAGCGUAGUAAUGUGUAUUUACUGAUCUGUACGGCAAAAGAUAGAGCUGGAUCCAAAUACAAGCUGAAGGAGAACAUCGAGAAGUUCUUUACCUGGUUUGUUGAGGAGGGCAAAGCAACAGUGCGACUGAAAGAACCUGCAGUGGACAUCUGUUUGAGCAAGGCAGAUGCCAACAGCUUGAAAAACUUCCUCUCUGCUGCUCGACUUGCACACAGGGGAUCUGACAUAGACAGCCUUCCCCUCUCUACACUCACCCCUGUCCGUGCCAGGGAUGUGGAGAAACCCAAGAAAAAGCUCACAAUCAUGUCCAAGAAGGACUAUCCCCUCACAUCUAACUUUCCUUAUUCUCUGGAGCAGCUCCAGGUGUCUUACUGCAAGCUGUCCAGAGUGGACAUGCGCAUGCUGUCUCUCAAAGCACUCCGCAGACUGGACCUCAGCAACAACCACAUCAAGAAACUCCCAGCCACCAUUGGUGACCUUAGUUGUCUGGCAGAACUUGUUCUCCACAACAACCACCUGGAGAGCUUCAGUGAAGCACUGUGUCUCUCCACUCUCCAGUGCUCUCUGCAACAUCUGGACUUAAGCCAGAACCGUCUGCAGGUUUUACCUGACCAGUUAUGCCAGCUGCGGGAGCUGGUCAGCCUCAAGCUGGAUGAUAACAAGCUCUUGCGGCUUCCUUUUCGCAUUGGGCAGUUCACAAAGAUGCGCUUCCUUUCAGCCGCACACAAUCAGCUGACUGUUCUCCCUGGAGACUUCCGAAAGCUGUCCCUGGAGAACCUGGACCUGUUUGGUAACCCAUUCACCCAGCCAAACCCUCUGGACCACACCAUCCAGCUUACAUUCCCUCUCACAUUACAAGAGAUGGCCUCAAGAGCUGUGAUAAAAUUCAGAAUCCCCUAUGGACCUCAUCUCAUUCCCUUCCACUUGUGCCAUGAGCUGGAGUUUGCAAAGUUCUGUGAUUGUGGCCAAGCCUGCUUGAACUCCUACAUUCAGACAGCGGUUAGCAUGAACCUGCACCUGGUCUCUCACACUGUAGUGCUGGUGGACGACAUGGGUGGCACAGAGGCUCCUGUGCAGCGCCAUUUUUGCUCCCUCGUGUGUUACUGUGAGUUCUUGGACGGUUGUGUGCAGAGAGGCAUGAGAUGAAAAGAACUUCACAUUUCUACAGACACUAUUUCCAGUAAAAGUGAUGACCGUGUUGACACUGAGAAAACUGCAGUGCAGCAAAACCGUGUUUGUCAGCUACCUGUCUAGGUUUGCUAUGGUUAAUCUUGCUACUGUUGCAACAGUGGCAGUUCACUACGGCAGUAUCUACACAUCAGUGUUAGCCAGUGAGGAAACCUCAUAUAGUGAGAAGUGGCAUGUGCUUGCAAGGCUGGGCUUUAUUUUAUCUUUUUCAUUGACCUGACAUACUUGGUGCAUUGACAAUUGCAGUGAGCCUUUCUCUUCCAACAUUGUAGUACUUCUGUGUUCUUGUUAAUAAAUAAAUAAAACUGA